AUGUCAGCUUCCCAGGCAGAGAAUGGAGGUCUCCUCGAUGAUGGUGGUGCCAGGAGCAGCCGGGAAGGCAAAGUCGCCCCCAUGCCCCGUGACCUGAUGAUCGUGUACGGUCUGGCGGUCCUCACGCGGCUCUUCACCAACCUGGAGGCUAUCCCGGGCAUGUCCACGACGUCCAUGCUCUGCUGCUGCGUCUUGGCAGAGUGCCUCGAGCCAUUGUGGCUCUUCCUCGUGGGCCUGGUGGGCGUGGGGGUCGCGCUGGGCCUGUCCACCUGGGGGUACCUUCAAGUCUCAGCGCUGCUGAUCUGCGUCCUCUUGCAGAUACCCCUCAGCCUCGCCUACCUGACGCACCGGUGGCUGACCCAAAGGCAUCCGGACAGUUGGAUCGUGACGCUGGCCUUCCCUUGUGUCAACACUGCCCUGUGGGUUCUCUCCUUCUUCUUCCUUCCCAUCGGCUCCAUUGCGAGCCCUGCCUACGACCUUGCGGGGCAGGCGCUGAUCCUCACUCAAUGUGCGGCGUGGUUCGGGCGCAGCGGUGUGACCUUCAUCCUUAGCUGGCUGGCGGCCGCUGGCGCUCAUCGCUUUGCCUACCCCUCGGCGACGCGGGGCUUCAGGAUUGCCGUGACCGCUUUGUUCGUCCUGUGCCUUGCUGGAGGAGCUCGGUACUACGCCACCACUGCGUUCAUGGGCAUGAAGUUCGUCCCGCCGGGAGGAGAGCCGCAGAACUACCACCGCGUCAGCUGCAUCAGCAUGAUGCCCGACAUGUAUGAGGAAACCGAGAAGCGCCUGGAGGCUGGCGACACCAUAGUGAUGCACAGCGAGGUGAGCACCCCAGCAAGGGACGGGUCUCCUGUGGACCGCUACCAGGAGCUGCUUCAGAAGCACUACGCAAAGACUGGGAUCCCGGCCCUGGUCGUGCUUUGCUUCUCCAUGGAUAGCAGGUCUUGGUACCACCUUGUGACGAAGGAUGGCUCCGUGAUGAGCUACGCCAAGAACCACCCGGUGCCGGUCAUUGAAAGCGGCCUCGUUCCAGGUGACAGCCCGCCGACGGUUGCAAAGUCCAUCAAGAUCGGCAAUGCCUCGGGGACGAUCUCCGCGACGGGAACCAUUUGCUUUGACACAGACUUCCCUUGGCUCACCCGCUCCGUGAGCGCGGCCGACAUACUGCUGGAGAGCAGCGCAACUUGGAGCAAUAUAGGCCGGCAGCACCUGCACGGGCACCAGUACGCGGCUCUGGAAAAUGGUCAGACGUUAGUCAAGUGCACUUACAUGGGCUACAGUGGAGCCAUCAAUCCUUAUGGGUCCAUCAUCACCCAGCUGCCUCAGACCAGGGACAAUGUCGUGUCCUUCAUGGUGCCUCGCUUUGCAAAGCCGCUGGUUCUGCCAACGCUGUACACGGUCUUUGAUGUCGUCAUGGGCAUCUCGGCAAUUGCCUGGCUCGUCUUGGCGCUGUCGCCGCAAGUGAGUAGCCGCUUUCUGGGCGAUGGCCAUCUGUAA